GAUGAGGUGUGACGUAGCUGGGGCGAACAAGGAAACGAGGUUUGUUUUCGAUUGACGGGACUAAAGUAAUUUUACCCACCACUUUAAAAACAAACGAAAGAAAAACAAACACAAUGAGUGACUUUGCUGUGAACCCUCUGGUUGUUAUUGGGGUCGGGUCGAGCUUUGCCUUUUCCAGCCUGUUUUACCAUCUGUACCAAGAAAAGAAGAAAGAGUUGACGGUUCUUAAGGAAGCACCCCUUUUCAAACCAGACCAACACUUGCUCCAGGUACUGAAAGCAUCUCCACACAAGAGACUUCAGUAUGUUGCAGUAGAAGGUCAGGUCCAGGCAGACGGGGAGCCACUGUCCAGCCGGUUUGUUCCACGAAUCCUUGGUGUGGUUCAGAAAAUUGCUGUGGAGGAACACUGGAAAUACUGGAACAAUCUCACCAGGACAUGGAAUUCCCGGACAAUGAACAAGUCAGAGAGCAGCAACACGGUGCCCUUCAGCCUAAUCAGCCCCGGUGCCUACAUGACUGACUUGUAUGUGAGGGUGAUGGAGCCUCUAGAGGCCUCAGGGUGUUUCAUGGAGAGGGUUUACCACAAACUGAAACACGCCGAGGAAGGUUUGGUGAACCUAGCGUUGCAGGGCCUCGCUGGAGAGAAGCCUGUGGCGAUGGAGGAGAGCGAGGAGCUGCUGCGGGUCGGUAGCACCUUGACUGGGUUCGGGGAAGUUGUGCUGGAGGGAGGCCAGGUGAUGAGGCUGCAGCCUCCACAGGACGGCCGCAAGUACAUCCUGAUGCAAACUGACUACAAGAGCUUUAUGGACAGGCACGAGAGCUCAGCCAGCAUGUGGAAGUCGCUCAGUGUUGUCACUGGCCUCACGGGGGCCUCUCUUCUGGCUGGGGUCAUCUACAACUUGUUCGGAAAACAAGAUGACAACUCAAAUUAGGCUCCAAGAGGAUGAUCCUGUAGGUUGGGUGGCUUCAAAAGCUGAAGCAUAGGGGUUUGCGGUAUCCCAAAACCGUCUCUGGUGUUUUAUCAACUCUGGUUUUACAGGUUCAGUCUCAGAGUCCUAAGAUAAGAUAUUGUUGAUACAUGGUUACGGGUUUCAAUUUAUUUUUCUGUCCUGUUGAAACUAUGGUGGACGAGGGGCAACGUUGGCUGAAAUUAUAUUUUUAAGACAUACAUAGUAUUUCUGGAUUAAAAUAUAUAUAAAAACGAUUAAAUAAAUGCUAAAAUAGAGCCUUAUUUAAUGUCAAUUGGCAGGUCAGGUUGACCACUGCUCACACAGCCUUUAAUCCAUUAUGGUACAACUCAGGAUUGCACAUUUAAUGCAUGGCAUUUUACUCUAUAUCUUGUAACUUUCAAAGUCAAAAAGUCUUUGCUACAUUAUUAAGGGAUCCACUUAUUUUUGUAACAACCUUUUCAUGUAAUUUUGCACAGUCAUUUGCUUUAUAUUACAUUACAUGUCAUUAUAUUAUGCCAAAAACCGAAUCAGUCUUUUAGUUUGACAGCUCUUACUUUUCUUUGGAAUCUGAUCAGACCGAGUGAGAUUUCAUUCCGUAAAACCGAACAGAAAAUCCAAAGUUAGACCUUAUGAGCUGCUAAAAAGGGGAAACAAACACUGUUGUGAACAAUCUUUUUUGUGCGAUAUUACUGAUAAUAAAUACAGUUUUUCAAGUCAA